AUGAAUAAUAAUAAAGAUAUUUCAAUAACAAUUUAAACUAAUUUGUUCUAAGGACUGAUGAAUAGAGAUCAAUGUAAAUAAUUGGCUUAAAAAAUCAUGAAGCUCUAUGACUAAGAUUAAAAUGAUUUGAUGGAAGUAAAAGAUGCAGGAAAUUUGUAAUCCGAUUGCUAUAAAGCUUUAAACCUUGAUUUCAGUCCUUCUUAAAAUGAUAUCAAAGGAUAUGCUAAAAUUUUUGAUCGUAAAUGAUACAAUAUAAUACAAUAGGGGAUGGGACAGGAAAAAUAUCGGUAAAUGAUAUUGAACGCUUAUGUUUUAAAUAUUUUGGAGGAGGUACUGACAUAGCAAAUUAACAACUUUAGAAAGGAGAAACAAUUGAAUUAAGCCCUAUUUAAGCAGAAGAUAAAGUGGAUACUCCUUCAAAAUUAUAAUAUCAAUCCCCAUACAGAAGAUGGGGUUCUUAAAAAUCAACCUAAGGCUCUUAAACUUCUAUAUAAUCUAACAAAUAACCUGCAACAUAAUCUUGUGUUGUACCAUGUACAGUCUAAAAAGAACCUCAAAAAUACAGUAAACUAGCUGAAGCUCGUCUUCAAGUAGCCAGAAGAAUUUUUAAAAUGCUGGACUAAGAAAAUAAUGGAUAUAUAACAGAAAAACAUGUCACCCCAUUGUUGGUAGAAACAUAUAAUAAUAUGGGCAUGAAGAUUGAACCAACAAGGGAGGAUGUAGAAAUGUGGAUGGAAAUGGCUGAUUAAGAUCGUGAUGGAAAAGUCUACUUGAUUGAUUAUGAGGCUCUUGUUUUAAAAAGUCUAAAAUCAUAAGGUAUUGAAAUUGAUUGA